GUCUGGGGUUCUUCUGCCAGAAUUGCCAUUUGUGGAUUGAAGGAAUCAGCCGGUGCACUGUUGUCGCUACAUAGCCUGCCACAGCAUCUCACAGCAUGCUCUUUAAACUCUAGGUGCUACAGCCAUUCGUUACACAUAGUACCAGGGUAUCCAGUCUUUUUAGUUUUUAAGGCCGUGGACACGAGUACAGUAGUUUCCCCAACUUCCAACAGCAUCUCCGCGCUCCGUCAAAAGCAGACACUAUGGGAGACACCGAUAAUGGAUCAGGGAGAUCAGCAGGAUGGCCAACUAUGGUCCGGACUAUCAGAGGUGUAGACGAAGCGAAGAUCAAGGACUACAAGGAAGAUAUCGAUACACUCCUUGCCGGAUUAUUCUCCGCUAUCACUACUGCGUUCCUAAUAGAAUCGUACAAAGGCCUUCAGGAAGACCCAUCGGACGCAACAAAUCUUCUGCUAUACCAGAUGGUGUUUCUACUUCAGAACUCAUCUGGGAAUGCGCCAUCGGUCACAAUGCCUGACAUGUCGUGUAUUCUGACCUCAUCGUGCCCAUUUGAUACCUCUCUUGCUUCCAAACGAGUUAACGUCUUAUGGUUUGCCAGCCUCAUUCUCAGUCUGGUCACUGCAUCGUUUGGCAUGCUUGUCAAACAGUGGCUUCGAGAGUUCCUAGCGGGAGAGUACACGUCUCCACAGGCUCGCCUUCGUACUCACUUUUUCCGAUACCCGGGUCUCCUCAAAUGGAAGGUCUUUGAGUUGGUUGCCCUACUUCCCAUUCUCUUACAGCUUUCCUUAGGUCUCUUCCUGGUGGGAUUGUGCUUCUUCACAGGAGCGAUACAUCCAAGCGUUGCGCAAACUAGCCUCAUACUAGUUUCGUUCUGGGCUUUCUUGAUCCUUAUGGCCACUAUAGCCCCCGUUUUCUCGCCUCGAUGCCCAUACAAAACCACCUUUCUCAAGGCACCGAUGAAGUAUGCUCGGUCGUUCCUGAACAGGCAGUUACCUACCCUUUACGAUAGAUACUCGAUGUCGCACUUCAAAUCAGAGGAGAUAAGGCAAGAUAAUCUUACCACGCUGGAGCGUUUUGAAGAGGAAUACUUUGCGUUCCAUGCGCAAUGGCACGAGGACCUCGAGAUACUUCUCGCAGUGGAUGCAAUGCAACUCGAUGAUGAAUUAUUAGCUACCACCAUUGCAGGAUCAUUGACGCAGACAUCGUCGGAUCAUGCUCGAUUACAAACGGGGACUUCCAGAGAGCAAAACGUCAUGUAUUUUAUAAAGACGCUGAUCGAGAACAGGAUACAGCAGACUUGUCGCAUUGACAAGGUGCGACCUGAUUUCUACGGCAAGUUCUCGCUCCAAGCAUGGUCCACAAUCGUGCGCAUCGUCGGGGAUAUUUUGGCCGGGAAGCUGCGUCAAUACAGGAAGCAAGGCUGGCGAAAGGUAACUUGGGAGGGCUGGAUGGAGGAGGCCGUCACGCUCUUGCUUUCACGCUCCGAGCAUGCUCUACCGCGGCCAGGCCCUGAGGUUUUGGCUCUCGCUUUCGAAGUGGAUCCUGCGGGUACAGCAGAGCUCCUUUGCUCACGCGUGCCGCUUCCCGAUUGGGCAUGGGAACCUGAGAACGCAGAAGCCGUUAAGAAUACCGAUGUCCUGGCCGAUAUGUUAAUGCGCGAGAUGCGCGGCGUCUUCGAGUUGCUACAUGGGCAGGCUUUACUCGAUGCGUUGUUUCACCUCCUCAGAUGUCGAUUCCAUGAUUCGACAAAUUCCACUAGUGUUUUGACGUUCUUUUCCUCCCAUUCUCCGGGGAGCAGUAUUCUUUGCAUUCCGUACGGCAACGCUGAACCAGUGGAGCUGCGUAUAUCGACACAGGGUAGUCUUCGAAUGACACUCAGUCUGUUGGUGGAAGAGGUUGAUAAGACUAUUUGCACCCCUUGUGUGGAGCAACCAUCGUGGUUCAAGGAGGCAUGCCGGAUUAUAUUUGAAUAUAGAACGUACUGGACAAAUGAGCACACCCAAUUGGUAACAUCAUGGCUGAGCCGGCGGCCCAGCCUCGAUUGGUGCUUGCAGAUGGCUUUCCCUCUUGAUGAUAUCAGUGCGGCGCUGUCGUGCAGGUUUCGUGAUAUCCUUCCAGAAAUCUAUGAAGGCUUGGAACCUAAAGAUCGCCAAACUAUGGUUGAGCGUGUGAAGGAACUACUUCGCGACCAUUACACCAUUGGAGCAAUCUCCGGACAGAACGAAAUGGGCAUCGAUUACUUAGUUUUCUGCCGUUUCCUCUUGGAAACCCUGUGGAAAGAACAGCAGCUUCCAGUGGUUACAGGGGUACAAUCAAAAGCACGCGUCUCACUCUCACGGGCAUGGUCGAACCUUUGUCCUAGUCUUGCCCAUAUUCUUCAAGUAUUCCUGACAGAGCAUUGGGACGACACACGCCAGGAUUUGGCAAAACAUUGCAUUGUUUUGGCCGAGCAGUUCACCAACGUACAUACCUCCUCCGGCCCGACCUUCAAUUUGACCGACGUGGUUGCUGCGCUCAAUCGCAAGUUCGAACUUGUCCGAAAGGCGGCAAAUAACUGGAGGGACAAAGUCCCUCAGAUGCCGGAGAGCCCUGUCGGAGAGUCGCCUUGAAACGGUUGUCUCCGCGUAUCAUUUCUAUCUAUACUGUGCGGCUGACUGGAUUAUAUUUUCUUAUAUAUACCAUGCAUAACUGGACUCGCCUCGAUACCCAGCCUGUUCCGAUUUCAGAUAUCUCUAGUUUUAUCCCUUCCUUCUUGCGUUAGUGCAUCAUACAUUUAUUAUAUUACAUUCCAUCCGUCUUCCUUUUGAAUAAAUACUUUGCAUACGAAAUCUAAUCCUCGUUUGUCUCAAUAUCAACU